AUCGUUGAUACCGUGCGAUAAAAUUUGCGCUCAAAUUAUUUCCCACUCUUAAAAUUUUCUCAGUUUCAAAAAUAUCAAUUAAAGUUCUCUUCCAUUUUCGUUGCGGACGUUUCUUUAUAACUUCCGAUCAGUUUGGACUGGUUCCGGUUUAUGAAGUGAACGUUAAGAAAGACUUGAGAUUAACGAUGAUGGUAGCAAGCCGGAUACUAGCGGAGACUACGCGAAACGUUCCACGUUGAAUAGAGAUGUGAAUGUUAACGGUGUAAACAAAACACUUGAUAUGCAUUGCAAAGGGGAGCUGCUCAGAAAAGCGUUACUAUUGACAACCGUCCUUAAGAUUCACGCGAGGGUGAUAAGACAAGAUCUAUCACCAUCUGUGAGUUGUCCAGCGCCUUUAUUGACAGUGAACGGCACCGAUGCGGGAAACUCCCGCCUCAAUGCAGAUUAUCGACGCGUUAGAGAAGUUAAAUUCUCUGGAGCUAUUGGACCUCUGGGCGAGAAAAGAUUGUGCAAGAUCAAAUGCAUAGGAGGGCAGUGGGUAGGGCCCUUAUGCCUUUCAGACGACCAAAAAGAUAAUGGACGUUUUCAUCCCCUUUUUCGAAACUGUAAACUGGAAUACAUCAAUCCCCAUUUAAUUGUUACGUUCCGUAAUGUCCCAAUACAGACUGCAGGUUGGAUAUUUCCCCAUGGAGCAAAACUUCAAACGCGCUGUAGGGAGCUGGGACUGUACAAGCUGCUGGGAUCGGCGAGCCCGAAGUGUCAAAACGGCGCUUGGACUCAUAAAUUGCCCUCCUGUGUUCCGACGACUUUGCUAACAAACUUUACAGAAGACGCCCCGCCGACCAUCUUGAUAAAGAUCCCAUCGGGAUCGGCGUCGGUCGAACCCGGGGGAGAUCUGGCCGUUUACCCCGGUUCCACUAUCCACCUCGAGUGCCUCUUCUCCAGACGGUUGGGCUCGCCCGACUGGACGUGGACAUCUCCUCUGGGACAAUACCUCACAGGUUGGGCAAUUUCAUCGGAGGAGCGCGACUGGAAAUACAGAUUGUCAAUUUACUACGCCAAAUCCCAAGACUCCGGGACCUUUACUUGCGCCACCCCUCGGGGAAUUACAAACAGCAUAACGCUUCAUGUAGCAGCUGUCCACUGCGAUCCAAUAUCAAUAUCAAAUAUGCAUCUGAGUGUGAGGGUUGAGGGCACCAGGCUGGGUCACAAGGCCGUCUUCCAAUGUCCCGUGGGAUUUCGUAUCAAGGGCAUCGCCAAUCUCACCUGUCAAGCUUCCGGUAAAUGGUCGUCAAUUAUACCUAGCUGUGAACCGGUUCGAUGUCCCGCAUUGGAUUCUCCCGCAGGAUUAGAGGAACCGCAUUUAAAAUUGGAAGAACACAAUUCAAGUUAUGGAGGUAGAGCAGUAUUUAGCUGUACUUGGGGAUAUAAGUUGGUUGGUCCUCCUGGUAUCGAAUGCGAAAUUAAUGGUAACUGGUCAGGGCCCUUACCAAAAUGUAUUCCAAUCCAAUGUCCACCACCUGUAACCCCAUUGUAUGGUCAUCUAAUUCAAUCAGAAGCUGCAGGAAUGGAUGGUGAAAGGUAUGCUGUUGGAAGUCUUGUUCAAUUUGCUUGCAAGGGGGCUCAUGUGCUUGAAGGGGAAGCUAGCAUCAUAUGUACAGAAACUGGAUUUUGGUCCCAUCCACCCCCAUUUUGCAAACCGCGUUGCUCAUAUCUUGGUGAACCAAAAAAUGGACAUACAGCUCCAUCGAAAUUUUCUUACGAACCAGGAGACGAAUUACAAGUUAUAUGCGACCCAGGUUACGAAACGCCAGUAGAACCAAGACCCAAAUGUAUGGAAAAUGGAAACUGGUCGAUGCCUUUACCUCAUUGCACUAAUUAUUCUCAAAUCUAGUUGUUUAAAAUCGUUAUGCAUGUACAUGAUGUUUGUGAUAAAACAAUAAAUAGGUGUAAGUAACAAACCACAUGUAUCUCUUUUAAUAAAACUUAACAAUAACAAA